AUGGCCGAUCCACUGUACGAGCUGCUCAUCCCGUACUUUGACGCUCAGGACACGCACCCGCGGCCCUCGCCAACCGAUGCCGUCACCAACACUUACCUCUCGCGCCUGACGACGCUGCCUCUGGCUACCCUCUCGUCGUCCGAGCACCAAUCGCUGUCGCAGAGCUCGCACUCAGUCCUACGAUCACUCCAGGUCCUCUCCAAACGCUCUCACAAACCCAUCAUCUCUUCCACCGACCACCUAUCGCAUCUUCGCGAGACGCUCCCACGGAUAGGCCACAAUGCAGGCACAAUACAGUCAGACUUGCCUAGCCUGGAAAUAGCUGCUCAGACCUUCUCGGACAAAUACAGCAAGAGCGGGGACAACGCAAUACUAGACAGACGGAGAAAGGCCAUGUUGCUGUCCCGCAAUAUCGACCGUGUAUCUGAUGUGCUGGACCUCCCCACCCUGCUGUCGACUGCCAUCUCCUCUUCGACAGCCGCCGCACAAGCCACUGCCUCCACAAUAUCUUCAGCGUCCAAUGCAAACUAUGCCUCUGCGCUGGACCUCUAUGCGCACAUCAAACGCCUGCACACGCUCUACCCAAACUCACAGCUUGUAUCCUCGUUGACCAACCAGGCUGAGCAGGAGAUGAAGACUAUGACGACGAAUCUCAUCAGCUCCCUUCAGUCACAGAGCAUCAAACUAGCAGGAGCAAUGCGAACUAUCGGGUGGCUUCGACGCGUAGCCCCUGAACUGGACGAGUCGUGGGCCACAAAACAGACUAGUAUUGGCAGUGGAGAGGGCACCCUGGGCGCUUUGUUCCUCGUCUGCAGGCUGGGCUGUCUAGAGUUAACGCUGGCGGCCCUUGAUCCUCUGCGCGAGCUCGCUGACCAGGAGACGGACAAACGCAUAAGCAAGACAGCAAAAGGCGACGUGGGCUGGGCGGUGGGCCAACAGACGGAAAAGUACCUGAAGAAGUACCUGGAAGUAUUCCGAGAGCAGAGCUUCGCCAUCAUAUCUAUGUACAAAAGCAUCUUUCCUUCCGCACUGCCCGCUCCCGGGUCCGAGGAAACCGCGUCUGCUGUCAAGCCAGCCACGACAGCCAACCCGCUCCAACCCAUACCAUCCGCCCUAGCUACCUUCCCCCUACAUCUCGUAGAGAUACUCUUCGACAUCUUACGCACAUACCUCCCCAACGUACAGGAUCGCUCGGCGCGGGACUCACUUCUCACACAAGUGUUGUACUGCGCCGGCUCGCUCGGCAGGCUGGGAGGUGACUUCAGCAUGAUGAUCGCCGUACUAGAGGAGGACCUAAGAGCGGACCUCGAAGGUGACAGUACGGAAGAGAGGGAAAUCGAAGAAGAAUGGGUCGAGGUCAUGAAGAAACACCGCGUCCAAGCUAGUCGACUAGAACUUCUGGCCUCGGGUGUGGGCGCUGGCAGAACGAGCAGCCCCGUAGAACGAACAGUCAGUCCGGCGAGAUAG